AUGGGUUCAGAGACUUUCUUAGAAGUAAUUCUGGCAAUUCUCCUUCCCCCUGUGGGAGUUUUUCUUCGUUAUGGCUGUGGGGUGGAAUUCUGGAUAGAUGUGCUGCUGACAAUGUUGGGUUAUAUUCCAGGGAUAAUAUAUGCCAUUUAUGUAUUAGUUGGAUAGCAAAUGCUAAGAUUUUUGUAUGCUGGUAGAGUAACUUUUUCUGCGUUUGUUUUAGAUCUUAAUUUGUGUAGUAUUUAUUUUUAAUUUUUUUUUGUUACAAACAACAAUUGCAUGCAGGUUAGAUAUUUUUCAGUUUGUUGAAUAAAAAAUUAUCAUUACAAACGAUGAUUUCAGGCAUUAAUCGAAAUAAUCAAAUUGAGAUAACUAAUUGAAUCCGAUUUGAUUUUUUUUUUU